AUGCAGCCGGGCACAAACAAACGAACACGGAAAUUCUAUCUCCGCUGCCAAGCCAGAUCCUGCAAACGACGUCACAACCGCCUCGACGACAACUACAAAAACAAACGCACGCAUUCGCCAUCACCAGACAGGGCAAACAAGCGCCAAGAGAUCACGGCUGAUGACCCGCCAGCCACGCCACUGUCUGCCAGCAGCGCCGGUGCAUCAACCACCACCACACAAAACACGCCCAGCACACCGCGGCCGGAUAUGAGCAUGGUGCUCGCCGCAACCGCGGGAUCAGAGGACCUGCCAGACAGGCUCCACCGUAUGAAGCGCUUGAAGAAGGGUACGCUGUACAAGGCUAUCUUUGGAUGGGAGCACAAGGGCUUCAACAACGACCUGCCACUCCCAGCCAGCCGCAUCGUCAUCAUUCUUAUCGAUGACGAGCGCCUCAAGGACAUCCUCAACCGCUUUGGCAACUACUUUGGACGGGCGUUGUCCUUCUACAAUGUCAUCCGCUUGGAUGACGACCGCACAUACACGGACCUCCUCGACAACCUCGGCAGCACUGCUAAAGUCAUUUACAGCAUGGUCCCCACCACCCGGUGGAAACUACUCGAUCCCCCCUACCUCCCCAUGGCCAGAGUUGUCCCAUCCACCGUCCGGCUCAUCACGGUGAGCAUGUUGGCCAUAGCCGCACGCUGGACUAUUGCGUCGAUGCUUUGCAGUAAAUAA